UUACAUAAUGAUUCAGGUAGCUAUCUACACACUUUCAAAAGUUAUUUGUUUUCAGGGACACCACAGGUCACAUAUUUGCGCGCGCCCUGGGCACGCGGCCACUCCUCUGCAUCCUCGCCUCACCUUGACUCCCUCUCUCUAGCAACGGUUUACACAACACUUUACUGCGAGCAAAACAUUUUUACAAACAUCCCGACGGCACAAAUGGAGCCGUAUCCGCCCAAAUUUAGUACGGUUUUGGUGACACCUGACCCGCAGUACAUUCCAGGGUAUGCAGGUUAUUGUCCGCAGCUGAAGUAUCAUGUGGGUCAGUCGUACGGUCAGUUAACAGCAAAGCUCCUGUCCUCUCCCGAGGUGUCUCAUUCACAGAGGCUUGUGCUCCAAACGGGACGCUUCCCAUCUACAGAAAAUGACACAGGACCCCGUGAUGAGAUCUGGAGGGGCCGGCGUGGUGGCAGGAACCUGGAGAAAAUGAUACCAGGAUACACAGGUUUUGUACCAAUGCGUCAAAACUACUUCUCCAAAACAUACGCAGAAACCUGUCGAGAGGCUCUGUCACAAUUCAACCAGGAACAAGAGAGAAGCCUUCGUGCAGCCUCCGCUGACCUGUUAUUUUCUCUCAACAACAGUGUCCCAGGCUUCAAACCUAGAAGAUUGAACACUCCUCUGACAGCCAUAUCUACAGAAGCUGCCCCCUACAAGUCCCCAAACCCCUGGAAGCCACAAGGGUCUCCGUACCAAAUGGAGGAUAGCAGCCCACAGAAGUAUUUUAUCUCAGGUUUUACUGGUUAUGUUCCCCAAGCUCGAUUUCUUUUUGGUACUGGAUAUCCCAUCAUCACUAACAGGGCAUUGAUCCAGUUUGGCAAAGAAACAAAGGCGGAUCAAAAGCCUCUCAGACUGCGAGAGGAGGAGACUACUGACUUGCCUUUGAUAUCCACAAUAUACCCCUCCAAAAAAGGUCUUAUACCUUCCUACACAGGGCACAUUCCAGGAUACAGAUAUAAAUAUGGCCAAACAUUUGGGCAGCUUACCCAUAAUGCUCUGGGCCUUGUUGAUACACAGAGGAUGAAAAAUGGGGAAAACAGACUGAGCUGAAGAACCAGCACACAUUUCACACAUCACAUCAGAGGACAAUUAAAGAAAUUUUGUGCAAUUAA